AUGCAAACCUCGGAUGCGUCGAGUCUCCCGAAUAGUUCUCAUCCGAUCCCUUCCAAAUUCUCCCACUUGAACGCGGACAACACGGGGUUUUCCCACGGGGCGUACAAUUCGAACCUCUCCCUCCAAGGCUAUACGGAUCGGAACGCUCGUCGUGCUAAUAUCCCUGCCAUCAAUACCACCACUCCCGCCCCAAACACCGCCGAUAUGGCCACCUCCGGAACUGCCUUCGAUAUGAACUUCACCCCCCUCCUCCCCUCCCAGCUGCUCCUUGGCAGCCCCUUCCAGCCCGGAACCCCCUCUGCCUUUACCUCGCCCCAAUUCACAAACUACGGUGGUUUCUCGCAGGCCAAUGGCUCCGCACAUGCCCAGAACACUCAGAACCAGCUGGGUAGUCCCACCCAAGCUCCGCAGAAUGCCGGUCUGUACUCGGGAAUGAUGGCGGAUGGAAUGGGAAACUCUCAGAUGAUGGGCGGUCCACAAUCUCCCAUUGGUGGUUUGGGAGGCCUGGGUAAUGCGGCGUUCGGAAGUCCCGCUGCCUCCGUGACCCCUGGUCUCCUGUCAGGCACAAGCCGUACCGUGUACCUGGGUAACAUCCCGGCGGAAACGUCAGCGGAAGAGAUCCUCAACCACGUACGGAGCGGUCAGAUCGAGUCGGUCCGUCUGCUGCCCGAUAAGAACUGUGCCUUCAUCUCCUUUUUGGAUAGCAACUCUGCCACUCAUUUCCACUCGGACGCCAUUCUGAAGAAGCUAGCUAUCAAGGGAAACGACAUCAAGGUAGGAUGGGGUAAGCCAUCUCAAGUUCCUACAUCCGUGGCUCUUGCAGUGCAGCAGUCGGGCGCGUCACGGAACGUUUACCUAGGAAAUCUGCCCGAGGAAAUGAUGGAGGAUGAACUACGCGAAGAGCUGGGAAGAUUCGGCCCGAUUGACACGGUGAAGAUUGUGAAGGAGAAGGCAAUUGGUUUCGUGCACUACCUGUCCAUCAGCAACGCGAUGAAGGCUGUCACACAACUCCCCCAGGAGGCCAAGUGGCAGGCUCCCAAGCGCGUUUUCUACGGCAAGGACCGGUGCGCGUAUGUUUCCAAGACUCAGCAACAGAAUGCGGCUCAGUUUUUGGGGAUUGCGCCGGGAUAUGCGCACAUCCUCAACUCUGCCGACCGGGAUCUGAUCACUAAUGCCUUGGCCCAGCAGUCCGUCGCCGCUGCGGCCGUGGCCACCACCGCCGGGGGCGUCAACAACCUGGGCAACCGGACGAUUUAUCUUGGAAACAUCCACCCCGAAACCACCAUCGAGGAAAUCUGUAAUGUUGUCCGUGGCGGUCUACUGCACCACAUUCGCUAUAUACCCGACAAGCACAUUUGCUUCGUCACAUUUAUUGAUCCCACAUCAGCAGCCUCCUUUUAUGCCCUGAGUAACCUCCAGGGUCUCAUGAUCCAUAACCGUCGGUUGAAGAUCGGCUGGGGUAAGCACUCCGGUCCUCUUCCUCCUGCCAUUGCACUGGCAGUGAGCGGUGGUGCUUCCCGGAACGUCUACGUCGGCAACUUGGAUGAAACCUGGCCCGAGGAUCGCCUGCGACAGGACUUUUCCGAGUAUGGUGAGAUUGAGCUUGUGAACACAUUACGCGAGAAGAGCUGUGCUUUUGUCAACUUUACAAACAUCGCCAAUGCCAUCAAGGCCAUUGAGGGCAUGCGAAACCGCGAGGAAUAUCGACGAUUCAAGAUCAACUUUGGCAAGGAUCGUUGCGGAAACCCCCCUCGCCAAGGGGGCAACAACUCCCAGCAAAACCGCAACGGUGCCGGGCUGGAUGAGCAGCAGUCACCAUCUGCACUCAAUGGCUUCCAGCCGAGUCUAAGUCAGUCCGGUUCUCAGCCCAGCCCGACUCGUCCCGCUCUUUCACCUGCUCCUGGAUCGACCGGGUCCCAAAACGGACAACAAAGCCGACACCCACUGCAGAACGUCUCUUCUCCAUCCGGCGUGUUGAAUGUGGGAGCCAACAACCCCUUGACCAUGUACCUGAACCAAAUGUCCGCUCAGCAGACCCAGGAACAGGAGAACCACCUGAACGAUCCUAUUGCCCUGGCUGCUCUGCAGCAACAUUCGCAGCCCCAGCACCAGCAGCAGCCUCUGUACAACGGUACUAGUCCCAGCGACCUCACCAAUGGCAGCAUCGAGCCGCCGUUGCAUCAGCACAAGCCAUCAACGAAUGGCUUCCUAAAUGUCAACGGCUCCGGGCCAGGUCACCACGCUACCGCCAGCACCAGCAGCUUGAACGUUCCACGUGCUCAGCACUCGCGGGCGGUCAGCUUGCCCUCUUUCUCACAGGAGCCAUUUGGUCCUGUCUCCCAGCCCGGUCACGGUCGUUCAGGUAUGGCACACCAGCCUCAAGGCAGCUUCUCUAGCUUCACCUCAGCCCUCGGAGGACUCAACCACUCCGGCUUUGGACUAGCUAUUCAGAACGAAAACUCUCUUCCCGGAUGGGCAGAAGAGGAGAUCGGAGCAAAAUAA